UUUGUCAUAAUUGAAUCUGUAUCAGUCAGCGCUAUCCCAGACUUUUUACCCGGUUUACCUGGUGAGCGUGGCUGCAUGAGACGAGACAAAAACUCUCAUUUCUUUGCCGUUGUGUGACGUUUCUGCUAACUUGAAAGGCGACCACAGAGGCGGAAAGUGGUAGCUACGGCUUUAAUAACUUUCGAUCCAUGACCGACUCUUUCAAGGAUAGACGUUUGCGCGAGUUGGUAGCCAACCGAACGGCAGAGCUUUUGUCUCAUGAGGUCUUCUUAACCGGAACAAGAAAUAUGCUACUAGCUGUUGGAGUAGGUCGCUAUUCUGUCUUGGCGUUGGAAUACUGAAGAGAGCAGCUGUUGUAGCCCGUGUUUUUCCGCCAUGCCCUCGCAUCCUAAUUUGGAGAGUACUACACCGCCUGUCCACGACCACAGUGGUGGGCAGCCAACGGAGUCCUUAACUUCAAUUUGUCAGAAGAAGAUUGCAGACUAUGCGGUACCGGUGGAGAAUUACUGGUCAACUGACCGUCUUUCGCCAGUGGCUCUUGACAGAGAGACCACGACUGUUUCAGAGCCACGCCCCAUCCCCUCUUGCUAUGCACUGUCUACCAUAGGUAGCCGGAGUCCCGCGGCUGAGGUCAGAAACUCCUCAGCUUCCAGAUGUGGAGGUGCAAGUCCACCUUCGCCUGAAAACGGUGCUGCACGAAGUGGGGUUGUUCAGGUGCUCACACCGCCUCGCGUUGUCACUCUUCAUAAGGAAGCCGAUGAUUCUGUACAGAUGAAAGAGACCGAACAAGCGAAGCGUGCUGCAAGGCUACAAGUGUUCAUACGCUUCACAAACCUCACAUUCACUCCUCCGCGAGGCCUUGCACGCCAAUCCGUGAAAGAAUGGGCUAAAAAGGCUUCCUGUACACAGUCGUCACGACAGGCAAUUGCUGGUUCCGAUUCUGUUUCGGGACCGUGUUCAAAGGCGCCUCCUCCGUCCGCAUAUGCUCGCCCCCGACAAAUUCUCUUUGGGCUGAGCGGCUACUUUGCCCCUGGCGAAAUUGUGGGAAUCCUCGGUCCUUCUGGAGCAGGCAAAAGCACUUUCCUGUCUGUACUGUGUGGAAGGCUCAAAAAAGGAGUCGGCGGACUCAUUGAUAUCAACGGGGAACCUGCCCCAGCGCGAAUGAAGAAGAUUGUUGGUUACGUGAUGCAGCAGGAGUAUUUCUUCGGAAAUUUGACAGUCGAAGAGACACUGAUGUACACCGCCAGACUGCGUUUGGGGAAGAAAACCAGUUUCGCAGAGAAAAAAGCACGGGUCGAAGAAGUUAUAAACUCAAUGAAGCUAAACAAGUGCAGAGGGACUCGCGUGGGGAGCGCUUUUUGCCGUGGCCUCUCCGGAGGAGAGCUGAAGCGUCUAAACAUCGCGAACGAGCUGUUACUUCAUCCGUCACUCUUCCUCUUGGAUGAGCCCACAAGCGGACUGGACGCCUCGAUCUCGGCCGCCCUUCUCGAUAUGUUGAAACAGCUAACACGAGCCAACAGGUGUACUACCGUCUGCACCAUACACCAGCCUAACAGCAAUGUGUUCAUGAGGUUUGAUCGGGUGAUCUUUCUCAAAGACGGCCACAUCGUGUACCAGGGGAAGCCCUCCGACGUAUGCGCCUACUUUUCUUCUCUCAAUUUCCACUGUCCAGAAGGGUGGAACAUUGCAGAUUACGCACUGCACGUCAUUAGUGCAUCCGAUGAUGAGAACUUCAGGCGGCGCUCACUCACCAGCACGACUGCAGCCGGGGGAGAUCCGAUCACUGGCAGUACACAUGGUGAGCAGGUCCGACUUGAGAGAGAAACCGCGCAGCGGUCUAGUGUUUUGGCACGAUAUCGCAUAAACUCUUUCGAGGAACCAAAGGAAGUAGGAAACUUGUCCGCUGAUGCGUCAUCCUUGGGGCGCGGGCCCUUUGCCUGCCGAGCUGCACGAACCUCUUCUGGAAGUGACAGGACGAGAGAGACAAACCUUUUUGGGGAAAUAAUUGGACGACAGACUCGUGAAGCUGGAUCUGUCGAAGCUGCGUCCGAGCUCAGAAACGGGCAACAACCCGGAGAAACGGAAAAGGACGACGACAAACUGACCGGAGCUUAUGGGGCACAGCCUGAUUUUAGCGCGGCGCACGGAUUGGAGGCUGUAAGUGUCGUGAAGCAUUUUUGUGACGGACCACUUCGACCUCCAGAAGAAAGCACCGCUUCAGCUCUCUCUGCGGCGACCAGCCACGCGGAAGACGCCGACAAUCAUUUUCUGAUAAAAACGUACCAGCGACGAAUUAACAUAACAACUUUCCAGCUUCGACUUCAUGAUCUUUCCAUAGAUCUUGUCAAGGACCCGUCAGAGCAGAAGACUCACGGUUGUAAAGCAGAGCACGGGGACUCUCAAAAGUGUGACUGCGACCCUAUCAAGGACUAUUCCGGAUGCGGAGGCAUCACGCAACAUGACGCAGCAGAUGCCUUCCUGGCAUCAAGUAUGAUAAAGAGUCAUUCGCUUGAACGAACACACAGUGGCGAAGACGAGCCUGGGCCGAAAUCAGGCCAUGACCAACGUAAACCGAAUACACUUUUGGAGGAAGGAGCGGCAGCAGAAACGUCGAUGAACUCGUUUGAGGUCUUUACUGCCACCGCUGUCGAAGCCACCCACGAGCACAUACUAGAACCGCUUAACAAUAAGACCACCAGGCAGAAUGUCAGGUCACUCGACUUGGCCGAACAAACAAAGUCUGUAUCUGGCGAAAACCUGACAUUGGAGAGGAUGGAAAGACGAAAUAUCUUGUCGUCCAUUCCUUCUUGUGGCUGCGUGUUGAACAGAGGCACUCCACAAAGAAAUGCCGAAUUCUCUGCAGGUGCCCCGUCGCUAUCAAAUGCGCAGGCAUGGUCCGAUAAACUUGCUUCCUUCCCUGCAAAGAAAAUGGAAUGGUCUGGGCGAAAGUUUUCCAAGAGAACGUCAUUCCUGUCGUUUGAUGAGGAAAUCAAGGUGGCAAUGUCGGAACCGAGUUACUUUCAACAGGUCUGGGUACUCGUAUGUCGUGGGAUCAGGAAGGAACUGAAAGGAAAGAGUACCACGCUUGAUCUGGUACAGGCAGCUGUAAUUGGCGCCGUCGUUGGUUCCCUUUAUUUCCAAAGCUGCAGAGAUUAUUCAGAGGAAAAGUUAUUGGACCGGAUGGGUCUCCUUUACUUCACUACUUCUUACUACAGCUUCGGACCUGCCUACAUGGCAUUCACAUCUUUUCCAGCUGAGCGCGCCGUUAUCUCCAGAGAAAGAAGCAGUAAAGCAUAUAAAGUGUCAUGUUAUCUUCUCGCCAAAACCAUGAUAGACCUCGUCGUCCAGAUCUUUACUCCGUCACUGUGGCUGGCAAUCGUAUAUCCGCUUGUCGGAUUGCCCUCAGACCUUGGCGUGUUUAUGGCUUUUUGGGCUCAGCUGGUACUGCUUGUCUGCAUAGCUCAAGCCAUAGGUCAACUGAUUGCUGCGAUCGUUGUGGACGAUGCGCGCCUAGGGGGUUUGCUGUUGUCAGUCAUUCUGAUUUCAUCUUCCAUCAGUAGUGGCUUCUAUGUUCAGCAACAGAGAUUAGGCCCAUGGAUAUCUUGGCUUCGAUGGUUGUCUUUCCAGAACUACGCGGUGACAAACUUCGUAAUAGUUACAGUGGGAUCGUCUUCGACACUCUCGUGCUCGGAGUUCUCUUCGUUCCCAACUUGCCCAGGGCAGCCGAUCACAGCAGAGAUGAUUACCCGCAGGUUCACAACAGCACUUUCGCCUUUAUCCAAUAUCACCUUAAUGAUUUGUACAUGGCUAGCCAUCAAACUAAUGUGCUAUGGAGUCCUCAAGAAAUCUCUUAAACUGAAGUCCUGAAAAACUCGUUCUGUGGAAACGAGAGUGUCCCAAUCUGGGGGCUUUCAUUGCAGUCUUCUCUCUACGCUGUGGCUGUUGAGAAUAAAUGCCUGUCAUCGCGUUGCUCAGAGUUCAGUGUUUGCUUCGACAAAACUGCAACAUGUUUUUAAGAGUUGUCUGUGCUGGAUUGUCACAGUUCUUCUGCUAACAGCUAUACUGCUAAUCCAUCUAGAAAUAAUAAGCAUGCCUGCUAACAAAUCGUCUAUCCAACGCCUACCGCGAAUGAGCGUCACCCAGCGUUGUGUGUGAAGGACGUGCGUAAAUGAGGCAUGGGAGAAGGCUUUCGCAUUUCUCGAACUUCACGACCGAACAGGUUGAUUCCCUUAUUUCACAACAAAUGCCAUCUCCGA